AUGGAGUGGAAACCGAUGGAAAUCAACCCUGAGAUGUUGAACAAAUGUUUGUCUCGUCUGGGUGUGGCAUCGAGCUGGAAGUUCGUGGAUGUCUUAGGUUUGGAAAAUGAAUCCCUCUCCAUGGUACCAUCGCCAGUGUGUGCUUUAAUGUUACUGUUUCCUAUAAGCCAGCAGCAUGAAUCAUACAGGGAGCGUCAAACAUCAGAACUGAGCGGAAAGGGUAUUGACUCAAAAAUCUACUUCGUGAAGCAGACCAUUUCAAAUUCAUGUGGAACAGUUGGUCUUAUCAACACCAUUGCUAACAAUCAAGAUAAACUUGACUUUGUGGAAGGCUCUAUAUUGAAAAAGUUUCUGAAUGAGACUAUGGACCUUUCAGCAGAAGAGAGAGCUAAGCAAUUGGAACAAAACAAGGAGAUUUGUGCUGCACAUGAUGCCACUGCAGAGGAGGGAGAGUGCCAGGUGCAUGAAGAUGGUACAAACUUCCACUUUAUAACUUUUGUUGGUGUCGAUGAGCACCUCUAUGAACUAGAUGGUAGAAUGCCAUUCCCCAUUGACCAUGGAGAAACUUCAAAUGAUCAACUCUUACAGGAUUCUGCAAAGAUAUGUAGACAAUUUAUGGAACGUGAUCAAGGAGAAGUUCGCUUCACUGCUGUGGCCCUCAGUAAAGCCUCUUGAAUGUCUGUCAAGUGCACAAAACAAUGUGAAUGUGCUGUUUUAAGCUUUCUGAAUGCUUUGCUUAACUUCUGUAUGGGUACUUUUUGAUCCUUUUGCACUUGUGUAGAAGCUUUAAUGGCUGGCAUUUCUGCACCUCUUCUAACUAUCUUGGAUAGUAGACCAGUGUUUGCUUUAGAAUAAAUUUUUUGGGUUGUAAUGUUCCAUUUGCUUAACAGUGUAAUUGUCAGUCAUUUCAAUGGCAAAGCAUUGUGCACCUUUUCUGACUAUAAAGGUUGGCUGCAGGGAUUUAUAGAAAGCUUGUUUAGUUCCACAUUGUGCCUAUUUUACAGCUACUCCUGCCAACACUGGCUGUGACCUGAAAUAAAAAAAAUUAAAGUAACACAAUGGUUCAAUGUCUAAUUCAGUAGAACUUUAAUCUGUGUAAGUACCUACACCAAGCUUUUGGCUGGCCAGGCAAGAUGAUUAGCAACUGCAUAGUUGACUUAAUCCUUUGGCACACCUGAAACUUACAACAUCAUUAAAAUGAGUUAUGCAUCUUGUUGAAAUCUCAAGCUACCCAAAGUUAACCCUUUAACCUAAGCCAUCAAAUUCACAACCUUUUAAUGCAUGAUUCUGAAAUUUAAAAUGGCUUGCAUUUCUUUGCCGGCUAGGCCAACAUUGACUGUCACUAGCUUGCUUUCUUUAGUCAUUCACAAGACAUGGGUGCUACUGGCUAGGCAGAAUUUAUUGCCCAGAGGGUAGUUCGGUCAAGCACACUGCUGUGGGUCUGGAGUCACACAGGCCCUUGACCAGGUAGGGAUGGCAAUUUCCUUUCCCUAAAGAACAUUAGUGAACCAGGUGGGUUCUUCCUGACAAUUGGGAAUAGAUUUGUGGUCAUCCUUUUAAACUCUUCAAGGUAUUUUUAAUGAAUUCUAAUGCCCCCAUAUGUUGUGGCAGGAUUCAAACCUGAGUCCCUGGGAACAUUACUUGCAUCUCUGCAUUAAAAGUCCAGUGGUAAUACCUCCCCUGGGCCUCUGCAUAUCGUGGUGGCCACUCUUCAGACUACUGCAACCCAUCUUGUGGGUUUUUCCAACACCACUUUAGAGGGCAUGGUUAAGUGUGGAGGAUUUUUUGAUAAACACCUGUUCCUUGUUUAUUUGCUUCACUUCUAGAAAGUAGUGGUUGAUGUGGGAGGUGCUGUCUGAGGAACCUUGAGCCAUGUGGGUGCACAGGCUGUACCUGGUGCUCUUUUAUGGUUAAAAGCAGAGAUGACUCCAGCUGUUUGUCUCAACCAGUUGACAGUUGAUCAUGAAGCAUAACUAUCUCCCGGAUGGGAGAAUAAAGUUCAACUGUCAAAUAUCCUGAUCUUCACCAUAUGAUCUCACUUUGCACUACCAUCCCUAACCCUAAUCAACUGUCAAACACUAACUUCCAGUUUUAGAAGUAAAAUAACCAAUCACUCCUGUGUAACUGGCUUCCUGAUUUUUACUUUUCUGUGCUUGCAUCCUUCCCCACCCUCUGCACUAUUCCUGUGCAGUCUGGUUCUUCAUCUUCUCUCCUCCUUCUAUCCUUCUCUGCCUGUUCUUGCUGUACUCUGUAAUAAAAAUUCUGUCCAUCAGCAUAGAAAAUGGCAGUCUGUAUUUUCCAUCACUCAUACUUUUCACCCUCUUUACUGCUUUUUUCACUAUUGUUCAUACAGCUCUUGCAAAUGUGUUCAUCUUAAACCUUUGUACAGUCCCUUGCCUAUUAAACACUUCUGUAAACAA